AUGUAUAAUAGGGAUAAGAGUAUAUUGUAUUAUUCUUCAACACAACAAAAGGAUUUCAUUAUUAAUCUUAACAUUGCUCAUUUUACAUUUAAUAAACAUUUAACAAAUGGUACUUAUUAUUUAGGUAAAUAUCUUUUCACUAGAGAGCCUAUAUUAACGGCUAAAGUUAAAGAUAUUUCUCUUUUAGAUUUAGCUUUAAUGUUGGAGAAAGAUAGAAAAAAAUACAAUAAAAAUAAACCUCUGAAUUCCUUAAGUAAAUCGGUUUUAUUAGUGGAUAUAAAUAAUAAUAAAACAGAAAUUUUUUUUAGUAUAGGAAAAUGUAUAGAGUAUUUAAGAAACAAAGGUUUACCCGCUAAUCACACAUCCUUGGUGAAAUAUAUAAAUUUAGGUCAAGUUUAUCACGGAUAUAUCUGUAAAUUCGUGUAA